GUGCAACUUGAAACGGGACUUUAUUUUGACAUCAGUUCGGUGGCAACAGCAAUGCGUCGCAGUCUUUCUGCUGCCUUCUCAUAAUUGGCUGAACAAGCAGUGAUGCUCCAUCCACCGCUAACCUUGCCCGGGAUCAAAGAGAGGAAAGCUUGAGGAGCGCGCGCAUCAGGACGUCAAAACGCUAAUAACAGAACAGGUGGAAUUUGCAGCGUUUCUACGAUUCUCUCUCAACUGGGAACAUGUUUUCCCACACCAUGUCUGUCAGAAUUGGGAAGGAAUGUCACCAAUGAAUAUCUGUCAAAGAAUUGACUGAAAACACCGCGAGUCUCUUGUAGCCGUCUUGGCUAUCAGAUUCAGCUUCUGACUCCGUGUAUAGUAGCUCACCCGUCAACUGAAAGGACGAUACACGGACCCUACUAUCAUGCCCGCAGAAGUCAACGACCCUGAGAGCAUUUUGAGCUACCAGAGGGCAGAUGAGGAAGUGGUAGUGGACCAAGGAGGAACCAGCUCAGUCCUCAACAUCCACUAUGAGAAGGAGGAGCUAGAGGGCCACAGGACUCUGUUUUUGGGGGUGAGUAUGCCCAUGGGUAGACAGAGCCACCGCCACCACCGCCCCCAUGGCUCACGCCACCGCAAGAAGGACAGGAGGGCAGGGAACGCUACGCGGCAGGACGAGGAGGGAGAGGGGGCCUCAGUCUCUCAUGACACUCCAUCCCAGCGUGUCCAGUUCAUUCUGGGGACAGAGGAGGAUUCUGAACAUGUGGCCCACGAGCUCUUCACUGAGCUGGAUGAGAUCUGUGUCAAAGAGGGCAAGGACGCGGAGUGGAAAGAAACCGCCAGGUGGUUGAAGUUUGAGGAGGACGUGGAGGAUGGAGGAGAGAGGUGGAGUAAGCCCUAUGUGGCCACGCUGUCCCUCCACAGCCUGUUUGAGCUGCGUAGCUGCCUCAUCAACGGCAGUGUGCUGCUGGACAUGCAGGCCAACACCAUCGAGGAGAUCGCAGAUAUGGUGUUGGACCAGCAAGAGGCGUCCCAUGAGCUGGACGACAGUGUGAGGCUGAAGGUAAGGGAGGCCCUGCUGAAGAGACACCACCACCAGAACGAGAAGAAGAGGUCAGGCCAUCACCAGCUCAUCCCUGACAUGGUGCGCUCUUUCGCCGAUGCCGGACGCAAGCACUCUGAACCCCACAUAGACAAGAGCGGUCCAACUGUCUCCCCCCAGCCUCCCCCCACCAACAUAGAGGUAAAAAAUGGAGCCAACCACGACAACAGCCAAGUGGACCUUAGCAAGGUGGACAUGCACUUCAUGAAGAAGAUUCCUACAGGAGCCGAGGCCUCUAACGUCCUGGUGGGAGAGCUGGACUUCCUGGAGAGACCUGUGGUGGCCUUCGUACGCCUCUCCCCUGCCGUACUGCUCACUGGCCUCACUGAGGUCCCCAUACCCACCAGGUUCAUGUUCAUCCUCCUGGGCCCAGACGGAAAGGCUCAGCAGUACCACGAGAUUGGCCGCUCCAUGGCAACCAUCAUGACUGACGAGAUUUUCCAUGAUGUGGCAUAUAAAGCUAAGGACCGCAGUGACCUGCUGGCUGGUAUAGAUGAGUUUCUGGAUCAGGUAACCGUUCUGCCCCCCGGGGAGUGGGACCCUUCCAUCCGCAUCGAGCCCCCCAAGAGUGUCCCCUCUCAGGAGAAGCGGAAAAUUCCAGGGAUGCCCAAUGGUACGACCUGCCCUGUGGAAGAGGAGUUUCACGCAGAACAUCAUGGUCCUGAGCUCCAGAGAACAGGGAGAUUGUUUGGGGGUCUGAUCCUGGACAUUAAGCGGAAGGCUCCGUUCUAUCUGAGUGACUACAAAGAUGGGUUGAGUCUUCAGUGUGUUGCCUCCUUCCUCUUCCUCUACUGCGCCUGCAUGUCCCCAGUCAUCACCUUCGGAGGCCUGCUGGGGGAGGCUACGGAGGGACGCAUUAGUGCCAUUGAGUCUCUGCUGGGAGCAUCCAUGACAGGAGUGGCCUACUCUCUGUUUGCUGGUCAGCCUCUCACCAUCCUGGGUAGCACAGGCCCUGUCCUCGUCUUUGAGAAGAUCCUCUUCAAGUUCUGCAAGGACUAUGACCUGUCCUACCUGUCUCUGAGGACCUGUAUCGGCCUGUGGACGGCCUUCCUGUGUCUCGUCCUGGUGGCCACAGAUGCCAGCUCCCUGGUCUGCUACAUCACCCGCUUCACAGAAGAAGCCUUUGCUUCCCUUAUCUGCAUCAUCUUCAUUUACGAGGCUCUGGAGAAGCUCAUCCACCUGGGGGAACACUACCCCAUCAACACCCACAGCGACCUGGACAAGCUCACACUGGCAUACUGUCGGUGUGCAGAGCCUGAUAACCCCAGUAAUACAACCCUGGAGCUAUGGAGUCAGAAAAACAUCACUGCUUCUACUGUGCCUUGGGCCAACCUUACUGUCAAGGAGUGCAUAGAUCUGCAAGGCCACUUUGUGGGUACAGCUUGUGGACACCAUGGCCCCUACACCCCUGACGUACUCUUCUGGUCGGCCAUCCUCUUCUUCGCCACUGUCUUCAUGUCAGCGUUCCUCAAAGAGUGUAAGACCAGCCGAUAUUUCCCCACCAGGGUGCGGUCCAUGAUCAGUGACUUUGCGGUCUUUAUCACCAUUGUAUUUAUGGUCAUGCUUGACUUCCUGAUUGGAAUCCCCUCGCAGAAGCUGCAGGUGCCCAGCAACUUUAAGCCCACCCGAGAUGACCGUGGUUGGUUGAUCAACCCGAUAGGUCGAAACCCGUGGUGGACAGUCCUGGCUGCCUCCAUCCCUGCUCUGCUCUGCACCAUCCUCAUCUUCAUGGACCAACAGAUCACCGCUGUCAUCAUCAACCGCAAGGAGCACAAACUACUGAAGGGCUGUGGCUAUCACCUGGACCUGCUGAUGGUGGGGGUGAUGCUGGCUGUGUGCUCCAUUAUGGGCCUGCCCUGGUUCGUGGCAGCCACCGUGCUCUCCAUCUCCCACGUCAACAGCCUGAAACUGGAGUCAGAGAGCUCGGCCCCCGGGGAACAGCCCCGCUUCCUGGGCAUCAGAGAGCAGAGGCUCACAGGCCUGGUCAUCUUCCUACUGAUGGGCCUCUCUGUCUUCAUGACUGGGGCUCUGCAGUUCAUUCCCAUGCCUGUCCUGUAUGGAGUAUUUCUCUACAUGGGAGCCUCGUCUUUGAGGGGGAUACAGUUUUUUGACCGUCUAAAGUUAUUUGGUAUGCCAGCCAAGCACCAGCCAGACUUCAUCUACCUGAGACACGUUCCCCUGAGGAAGGUGCACCUGUUCACCAUCACCCAGCUCACCUGCCUGGCCCUGCUCUGGAUCAUUAAAACCUCCAAGGCUGCCAUUGUCUUCCCCAUGAUGGUUCUGGCUCUAGUGUUCAUCCGUAAGUUGUUGGACCUUUGCUUCACUAAGAGGGAGCUGAGUUACCUGGAUGACAUAAUGCCUGAGAGCAAGAAGAAACAACUGCAUGACGCCUCCAAGAAUGUUGACAUUGAGCAGGAUGAGGAGAUUCUGGGUACAGCAGUAGAGGAUAAGACCUCAGUCCAUAUCCCCAUGGAGAGCAGCAAGCUCCUGCAGUUCCCCAAAACACACGACCCCAGGUGUGACCCUUCUGAUAUUAACAUAUCUGAUGAGAUGUCUAAAACCACCGUAUGGAAAUCCCUCAACGCCAACCAAAAGGACAGUCGCAUGGGGGCUGCUAAGAAGGAUUGAAAUUGAAGGUCUGGAAUUUAUAGAUCAGUGAGAGUGGAACCAGAUGACUACAGAGGCUGUGAGCUACACUUCAAUAAGCCAGACCCAUAGGUCAUAGAGCAUUUCUAAUGCCCCUUGUGUUUUGGCUCACACACAUCUUUAACCGAAACACCUCCUCUACAAUACCGGGACCCCAAGAUUCCUAACGGCUGCUCUCAUACACCCCCAACACACACACAUUCCCUCAAAACAACCAGAACCACAACAACAGUAACAACAACAACAAACCUUCAGAACAGCCAUGCUGUGUCUAUGAGAAUGCUCCUUCAAACCCAAACCAGGUUAUUUUUUAAAUCACAGACUCUACUAGUAUGUUAUCUUUACUUUAAAGAGUUGGUCUUUUUCUUUACUGUACCAUAAGUGUGUUUUCUAUAACGUGGUGUUCUUGUCAAAAUUAUUUUAAAAUUCUAAAGUAUAUUAUUGGAUCAAUAAUGUAGAGAUAUUUAACUUUGGACAUAAAAUCGGUGUCUGUUUUUGUGCAACGUACGAUAUGAUAAUAUUGCUAGAAGAGACCGUACUUCAGUUCAACCAGUGAAAUCAAUAAUUUGAUUAGGCGCUAUAAUAAUCUGUUACCUUUGUGGAUAUAUCUGUGUUAAAUAUAACUGUUCAGAUUGGAAGCUCCUGUACAGAAUGUAUGUGAUCUUCUGUUUCUGUCCAUGUGUUUUACCUCAGUCGACCUCUUUGGAAUUGGGAACUCUUGUCAGGCAGUAUGGGUAGGACCUUAAGCUUUUCCAGAUCAUGUAAUCUGGGUUGUUCCUGAUCAGGUCACAUGGUCAGGAACAACACACAGCGCCUAAGUAUGGGUAACACUGUAAAAUGUUAGAAGCCAGAGGAGAGUAGCAGUGGAGCCUAGAGUAGUACAGGACCACACCUAGAAAUGACUCACCCAAAUGGCCAGAAUACACACCUUUUGACUGUGUGUGUGCAUUUCUGAGAGAGUUUAAUAUAUGGGCAUCCAUAAUUCAUCGGCAAAACCAAUAUGAGCAAUAAAUUAUCCCAAAUGAAUGGCCCUGUGCAGAAGAUCUAUCUACCACUGAAUCUACCUACACUAAACACACUUACUGGACCUGAUUGUGGAUGUUUCAAUGACCUCCAAGUUUUGAGGACAUUUCAUUGAAUUGAUAAACCUGUCCAUUUCUUCUCAAAGGUGCAUCAUUCCUCCUUACUCUACUCUCUUCUGUUGAUUACUGAUCUCAGAUCUGUAAUUAUAUUAAGGAAUGAAGGAAGGAUGUAUUUGAACAGCACCCUAAUCCAGUAAAUUGGGACCACAUCCCUUACUGUGAUGUGUGCUCUUUGCUCCCAGACUAGUGCCAGUUGGGAGGCGAGAAAACAUACUGGCACAGUAUUCCUCAAUAACAUAAAAUGAAUUUGUAGUUGCACAUUGUAUAGAUAUAGUAUAUAUAAUAUAUGUUUUAUUUUCAAGAAACUGAGUAAGAGAUUAUGUAUGACAGUAAUUUAUUUUAGAAUAUGAAUGUUAAAACGGCCACUUUCUGUAUAUAGUGUAAUAAAUGGGACAAUGUGCUAACAGGAAGCCUAAGGAAUGCAGCACAGAAAGCAUCUAAAUACUAAUGUAAGAAGAAUGACUCCACGAGAAUAUAUCCUCCCAUGUUUACAAGAUGUCUCCCACCACUAAAUCCAACUGCCUACGACUGAGAAACUUCAGGAAUGUGUCCAAAAUGAUGAUAAUUGUAAUUUUGAUGAUGAUUGUCAUGAUCAUUAUCAUUUCUAUACAUCCCCAUGGCUAUUGCCAAGGUGGCUUUAAGUACAGUCUACAUGCAGUAAUAAUACCCGUACAAAGAUCAUGAGAGAUACAGCAUCUUGCUUCAGAUAAAGCCAUGAUUGUUUGUCAAUAGUCAUCUUGACAUGGAUCACCCAAUGGGUUCAAUAUACUACAUUCCUCUUUUUUCCAAACCUGAUGGAAAUACUAAUGGAUGGAAUGUAAGAAACAUUGUACUGAGGAGUAACUAGGAAAUAUUGUAUUGUUUUUGAUACAAUGUGGUGAUGUUUUGCCUCUGUGUUAUACCUCUCAACUUCCAUUUAAAUCAUCCAAUAAUUUUGUUUCUUUGUCCCAGACAACAGUAUGAAAUGGCUUUGAGAAUAAGUAAAAGUACAGUGUGACACAAACACAACAAAAUAUGAGAAUUCAAACAAUAUAAAACAGCAACAGUCAAACACUUAAAAAAGCCAAACUUGAAAUACACAAACCACAAAACAUACAGUGAAAGCAGAACAUACAUUUAGAGAAAGAAACAAAACUCAAAAUGUGAUUUAAAAGGCUUUCCUGUGUUUAUAUAUAUUUCCACAUUACUAGGUUUGAUAAUGAUACUAUGAUAAUAAACCUUUUAGUGUAUGAACUGUUUGAGAAGACCGCCAGAAAUUCCAGCCUGUUUUGAUGGGCGGAGUUUUAGCCUGCCUGGUGACGUUAAUAGACCAAUAAGAAAGAUUGUUUUAAAUCUCUGACAAUAACAGCUCGUUUUCAGUUUUCCCUUCCCCACCCAGACCGCUCCCAGACAGUCCAAGCAAAAUUCUUGCUUGAGAAAUUGCUUUUUGCUAUUUUCACAAUUUUAAUUGUAAACAAUCACAGCAAGUUCCUUAAUUGACCCGUAACUAAGCCCCACCCCAGAAUGUUGGGAAAUCAAUCACAGUGCUCAAAUGGAUAGCUCACGUUUCAAACACAUGAAAGCCAAUGAGAGCUAUGGCAAAACUGAGAGUUUCAUCAAAAUGUAACUAAAUUGUUUCAAUGGCUAAAUAACAAUGCACCAGGGUUACUUGCUACUGUGAUUCAUGCAACGCAGAGCCAGUUGGAGUAUUUUUAAAAUCCUAAUUAUACUUUUCUUACAUUGUUUGCUAGCUCAGCUGGUUAGCUAGCACUCAGUCUCAUUGACCGCCAAACAUUGCUAACACUAGCUAGCCACUUAUUAUAACUUGAUUCUCAAAAUGUAUGUUAGCUAGCUAAGUUAUCUAUAUUAUGAAUACAACUAUAAUCUGCUGUUGACAUCAGGAUUCGACUUGAGAUAACUAGUUAGCUCCAAAAGUAGUUAUAGUAGUAGCUUUGACUGCAUGACAGUGCAUUCAGAGCCAUCCAAUCUUCCACAAACUUAUCGUAAUUGUACCAGAUUCCCAUGAAGCAAUUGUAAUGACAGUCCACCGCAAUAAUUUAUUGUGUAUUAAAAACACAGUUUAAGAUUGUUGUGAGUGGUUUCUCCAGUAAUUUGACUGGGCAAUGGAGCGUCCUGGGAAAAUGUUGUCAUAGGUUGCAACAGUAACCAAGGGGGUCCGGGCUUAGCAAAGGGUCAAUUGUUACCUAGAAAUGAUUUGAUAUUGAGAUACAAAUGGCUGCAUUGGACCUGUAAGCAAGCAGAACUACUGUACAUCCACACACUGUUAGUGGAUGUGCUCUCAGAAAAGACUUGAAUAAUUCAGCAAAGCAAUCUUAAAAAUGACAUGAUUCGUUUUAUGUGAUUGAGAAAUAAAAAAAAUUGAUUCAAACAAUGUGUUCUUCAAUGUAUACAGUGCCUUCAGAAAGUAUUCAUACACCUUGACUUAUUCUACAUUUUGCUGUGUUACAGCCUGAGUUCAAAAUUGAUUAAAUAUUUUUUUUUGUCAACCAUCUACACACAAAACCUCAU